GUCUAAGAAACGGGAUUAUCAUCCUCUCGCGAUACGUUGGAGAAUCUCGAAGACCUGGAAACAUGGCGGAGGAACACGGAAGAAAGUGGGACCGUUGCCUUGCAGACACCGCUGUGAAAACAGUGACCGGCCUCGGCGUGGGCAUCGUUUUCUCCGUGGUUUUCUUCAAACGACGCACGUGGCCCGUCUCGUUCGGCUCCGGUUUGGGUCUGGGCAUGGCCUACUCCAACUGCCAGAAUGACUUCAAGUCGCCGUAUUCGAUUCCCAGGCGCUUGUUGAAGGACCAGCAGUGAAGGAUUAACGAGGAUGCGGAUUCACCGCACAGGCAUCUGUUUUCCCUUGUACCGCCAUUUUGAGUCCAGCCCAGCUCAGGGCACUCGAUGUAUAUUUAAUAAAGCCACUGUCAAGUUCCCUUUGGUUUCAUACAAUCCCCACUUGAAGGGGAUGAGCCAUCUAACCACAGAUGUAGGAAGCAUAUUCACUCAACGAAUAAGCGGCUUGUCCUGUUUUGCAUCUUUUAUUUUCAGUUGCAAAAAAAAAAGAAAGAAAAAGGAACACAUUUAAAUUCUGUGCAAAGUCACAAAUCCCAUGCCUCACAAAUUACUGCAAUAGAGAAUAAGCAAAUUAAGCUUUAAUAUAAUACCAGGUGGCGGCA